AUGAACGCUCUCAUUGCAUUGCUGCACUUUUGUGAAGUCCAUGGCCCCUCAGUUGUCUUUUGCACUCAACCAACUCAUAACAAUGAACACCGUCAACAGCAACCCAACACCUCCUUUGCUUCCGAUGCAUCCGCCAUUGCAACUGUCAUGAGCAAGCUCACCAUGGCCACCAACCCCAACACAAACAACAAUAAUAAUACCAGCACUAUCAGUAUACCUACCACCUUCAAUAUGGAUAAGCAACAUUUGGGUAUGCCAAGUUCUUUAUCGUCAACACCCUCCACGGCUGAACCACCGACACCUCCCAGUACAAUACCCCGUGUAUCAUCACCUGUACCGCCCUGGAAGAAACCUGGUAGCAGUAAUAGUAAUAUUUGUGUACAACAACAACAACAACUUCCAACAUCUUCAUCAUCAUCGUCAUCAUCAAUCAUCAUCCCUUAUUCAUCAUCCACAACAACAGCACCUCCCAUCUCAUGUCGAUCCUCUUCAUCCUCUUCAUCCUCAUCCUGCUCAACCACAUCAUCAGUUACUGCCACUUGCUGUGCAGCAUGCUCAGCCCAAUUACCACUUGUGCAACCCACCACAGAAGGUGUUCCAUCUGAAGCUAAACGUCUGGUGACAAGAGAUAGCGAAGAUCCUUCAGUCGAAUACGUUGGUGCUAAAGGGGGUCCACAACAAUUGCAUUUGUAUAAGGCUGUUCGUCUCGCUUGUGUUCGAAGCUUGACAACUGAGUUUUGCCCAGGACGAGAAGGACCCGUGUUGUUUGGUGAUGAAGAAAAUGGUUAUGUGAUGAGCUAUCUAUUCAAGAUCAGGGAUGCACAAGCAAGAGGCGAAGCUCGAUUCUAUGCUAUCAUGAUUCUAAUGACGGAUCGCGUGUUUUUAAUCUCAUGUUGGCCUUUUCUUGUCAGCUCAUUCCGAUCCAUGGCCAUCAAUCUGCAAGAGAAAGCCGACACGAUCUUUCAACGAGAAAAAGAAGUUCGCGAACGAGUACAUCCAUUUGCCAAUCGACGUGUAACAGCUCCUAUCACUCAAGAGCAAUUCUUACGUCGACGAAGCAAUAGCGCAUCUCUACGAUCCUUGGUGGAUUUAUUAGGCAUCAAGGAUAUCUAUCUACAAAUCCAUGUGCAAUUUUGUUACAUCUUGAAACUUUCAGCGCGGAGAAGGAUGGAAAAGGUUACUCCCGGAAGAAGCCCCAGCGAGGCAUACCUGAAAAUGCAAGAGGAAUAUAGGAGGAAACGGCAUCAACAGCAACAAAAACAUUCGUCAAAUGACUCGCAAAGUGAUGACAAAACGUCGACAAGCGCUACCACCACCACUGCAUCCUCCAUCCUUUCUUCAGCAACAACAGCCAAGAUCAAUAAUCUCAUACCCUCUUCAUCUGGCUCAUGA